AUGGUUGUAUCGGUAGUUCUAUCAUUGGUUGUGAAAACCAAACGAUGGAGUCACAAUGUAUUAAAUGUGAUCUCAGUGAUUUUAGCCAUGUGCAUUUGUUUACCUUUGGGAUACGUCACUAAACAUUUUGAUUCCAGUUGUAUUUUAUUCAGCAAUGUGACGGCUGUGGUCGGCCUAAAUGAAACAGUGAAUGUCAAUCGUUUAAAAACAAAAUGGGGAGAUAAAGAAGUGUGUUACUUUACAACGUUUAUGCCGGUGAUUGUGGCCAUUCAUUGUUUUAUAUGGACGUGGUUUUAUUUUCACAUGAAGCAGACGAUCAAAGAUGGUGGAAAAGAGGCCUUGGUUCUGCUGUCAAUGACAGUAUUAUAUAGUAUAAUGUGUAUAUGUAUGGUCAUAUCUAGUUCUAUGAUAACUCGGGGUUUUAAUGUAUUUUGUGCCAAUCUAGAAAAAUAUCAAAAGCGUAAAAACGGGAAAACAUAUGAAUGUAAUGAGUUUGAAGAUUUAAUUUGGAGAAUAGUUAACAGAAAGAGACCAUUUUAUACCUUCCUUCACGUUUCAGAGAUCUCCAGUUGGUUGCUCGUAAUAUCCUUAGCCAUACAAAUUGGUUUAGCUUCACUGAGAGCCUUUUUUCUUCUCACCAAACCAGGGGAGUUUGUUGUUUUAAAAGAGGCGGAAUACGGUUCAAGUUCUGAGGCGCAAAUGGACGAUGAAACUGGGUCUAUACUUUUUAUCUCUCCAGAUACACGCGUGUCGAAUCCAGAAGACCAAAGCUACAAUUCACCAAAUCGUGAUAGUUACAAUUUCUCAAGUGAAAGAAAUUUACUAGUCUAGUUCUUUGGAUAAUAUCGAUGGCUUAAUAUUCCAGAUUUCCGUUAAUUAUGAAC